AUGUACCCGUUAAUUAUCCGUAAAACAAAAAAAUUUGCUGGACAAGACGACGAAGCAGAGGAGGAUAAAGAGGAAGAUGACGACGACGAGAACAACGACGAUGAUGGUAACGGCGAUGACGAUGACGAUGACGAUGACGAUGACGAUGAC